AAAACGUCGAGUAGCGACGCAACCCGCGUCGCUCCGCCCUCGAUUGCUGCAGUUCCCUCUGAAGCACUACGGAAUAGCCAAUGCAUGGAGCAGUCUGCAAAAUAAAGUAACUGGAAACCCUCUUUUUUACCGCGAAUGGCGAGCUCAUAUUCGGAUUCUAGCCGGUUUUAUUAUUGAUCUUCAGUAUGGAUUAAUAAUCAGAUCCUGACUGCAGGACGACUGGUCUGAUCUGGUCGCUGCUUUAACAUUAUCGCUACGAUGUAUCAGAUGUUACGGACGUUUUUACUACCAAAUGCCCGGUGCUGGGAUGCCGACAGUGAGAGGUCAUACCAGACCCUGUUCGAGAGGCUUGAUACCAAUAAAGAUGGGAAGGUGGACGUCGCUGAAUUGCGAGCGGGCCUUAAGGCGAUGGGCAUAUUCCGCCUGGGUGCUGCACAGAAAAUUGUGUCAUCUGGUGACCAAAACAAAGAUGGGAGUCUCGACUUCAACGAGUUCUCCAAAUAUCUGAAAGGGCACGAGAAGAAGCUGUGGCUGACAUUCAAGAGUCUGGACAGAAACAACGACGGGCGUAUUGAUGCCUCAGAGAUCCAGCAGUCCCUUGCAGAGCUGGGCAUAGACAUCAGCAAAGAGAACGCACUGAAAAUAUUACAGAGUAUGGACAUUGAUGGGACCAUGAUGGUGGACUGGAAUGAGUGGAGAGAACACUUCCUGUUACACCCAGAACAGAACCUGGAAGAGAUCAUACGCUACUGGAAACACUCCUCGGUGCUGGACAUUGGUGACAGUCUCGCCAUCCCAGAUGAGUUCACAGAGGAGGAGAAGAGCUCCGGUGGCUGGUGGAAGCAGCUUGUCGCAGGUGCAGUGGCGGGGGCCGUCUCUCGCACCGGUACUGCCCCUCUGGACAGAAUGAAAGUCUUCAUGCAGGUUCACUCUUCUAAGACCAACCGGAUAAGCCUGAUAGGUGGCUUCAAGCAGAUGCUCAGAGAGGGAGGAAUAACUUCACUGUGGAGGGGGAAUGGGAUCAAUGUUUUAAAGAUUGCGCCAGAGACAGCUAUCAAAUUCAUGGCAUAUGAACAAUAUAAGAAGUUAUUAUCAUCAGAGGGCAAAAAGAUUGAGGUACACAAGAGGUUUAUGGCUGGCUCUCUGGCUGGGGCCACAGCACAGACAGCCAUCUACCCAAUGGAGGUACUAAAAACUCGACUGACCCUGAGGAAGACUGGCCAGUAUUCAGGAAUGUUUGAUUGUGCCAAGAAGAUCCUGAGGAAAGAGGGUGUAAAGGCUUUCUACAAGGGCUACGUUCCAAACUUAGUGGGCAUCAUUCCCUACGCUGGGAUAGACCUCGCUGUUUAUGAGAGUCUUAAGAACGCCUGGUUGUCGUACCACGCCAAAGACUCAGCUAACCCCGGAGUUCUGGUGCUGGUGGGCUGCGGGACCAUCUCUAGUACCUGCGGCCAGCUGGCCAGCUAUCCUCUCGCGCUUGUGCGCACACGGAUGCAGGCACAAGCGUCUCUGGACGUGUCAGACCAGCCCUCCAUGAGUAGUCUGAUGAAGAAUAUUCUAGCCAAAGAUGGCUUUUUUGGACUCUACCGGGGCAUCCUGCCAAACUUCAUGAAAGUCAUUCCUGCUGUCAGCAUCAGCUACGUGGUUUACGAAUACAUGAAGACUGGCUUAGGAAUCUCCAAAUGAAGCUGCAAGCCAAUGCAAAUAGAACAUUUACUGACUUGAAAAUGCCUGAAAUAACUCCCAAGACAGCGGACAGACAUACAGACAUACAGGGUGUGACUUUCACCAGCUGGCACAGGAGUUCAGUGGAUGGAAAACUGUAUGUAUCCCACCAUGGGCUGUCUGUCAGUAGCUAAAGCAUUUAUCAGUUGUGGUGAGCAUGCUUUAAUUCUUAUCCUUAAUUCUUAAUUUACACAGUGUCCCAAACAAUGCUUGACACAAAGACAGUACAUGAAUACAAAGAUGAAAAGUAGAAAAUAUAACACUUAUUGGGUUGUUAAAAUCAUCCGACCGUUACUAUUUUAGAAGUGUGAUCAAGCCAAAACAGAUGGUAGCUCAGUGAAACAUACUGUCAUGCAUUUUUGGUAGCAAAAUAAAUAUUUUCUAUGGAGAAUGUUGGAGCUGAAAGUGAAGAGCUAAUGGUCUCAUUUUAUUCAGUAUGAGGAAAAAUGACACUGAGCCAGUUUGAAUGCUUAAGCCCACACCUUUUAGAGGUAAAGUAACACUUUUCUAAGUUGUAAACACCUUCCCCACAGUGACAUCAGCUGCAGUCAGCAGCUGCCGGCUAAAAAUAACUGGCCCUGAAAGAUCAAUAACUUGUUAACACUGGAAUACCGCGUGCACGAAGACACGCGAAUCUUGUGCAAUGUGAAAAUCACUAAUUCCACAUUCUGUGUGUUAUUUGAUAGUCAUUUACAUGUGCCUUACAGCCACUCGAUGUGAACUUUCUGAUAUCAGAAGAUGUGUUUUUUACUGUAUAUAUAUAUACUGUAUUUAUGUACUGUAUAUAUAUCUUUUUUCAGUUAUGGUUAUGUAUGGGUGAGGAUGAUGGUUAUGACAUGACAACACAAAAACAGUAAUAACUAGUGAUUGGACUGAAAUACUGUUAUUAAUGGCAUGUUUUUUUUGUCUUGUGUCACUUCGUUUCAACACAUCAAGACGUCCACCCCCAAAACACACACGUUAGCACACACACCCACAACAGCAACCUGGUGUAUUUAACAUUCUGUUCCUUGUUCUUCCAGAGAGCCCAGGGAUGGGAAAUCUUUAUCUUCCAUAUAAGAUGACAAUCGGCCUUUUGUCUUUAUCAGAAAUUGCAUGAAUGUGGAUUUUAAGAAACAAAAACUGGCCUUGAUGUAGCGUUGGCUAACCUGAACAUGUGGACACUUCAUGUGAAAGUUUAAAAUGGUCUGUGCAGGAAGGCUGACUCCAGAACAAUGGUUCAGUGGUGUCAUGUUCAGAGUAGGGAUCACUGGUUUGAAGAUCAUUGAGAUGUGUUAACAGCUCCAUCUAGUGGUCAAUAAAGAACACAUGGACACGUUUCCAUGCAAAACUGAGAUGUGAUGUACUGGUGUGUCAGUGGAAUACAGGUAAACCAGAUCAUAGUAGUAUUUAGACUACAGGUUUUUUUA